UCAUCAUCUUUCUAUCAUCUCUGAUCUCUCUGCUUGUCAAUCUAAUGGUCUUUUUUCUCUUCACAGCAACAGAGAUGCCAACUCGUUUCAGACCCUGAGAGAUUUAAAGCCCCAAGUCUCAUCCUUUUUCCAGCCUCCCAAACAAUGUCUUGCAUGUAUAGCAGUACCAGCUCCGUGCCUUCUUUCUCUGCUCUUUCAAUUUCUCCUCGGAAAUCUCUAUCGUCUUCGAAACCCCAAAUUACUCGCUGUUCCCUUGGAGGGACAGUUGCUGAACCUAAAGUCGUUUCUGUAGCUGAGCCACUGUUGCUUAAUGCUGUUAGAGGGAAAGAUGUUGAAAGACCCCCAGUUUGGCUUAUGAGGCAAGCUGGUAGAUAUAUGAAGAGUUAUCAAAUUAUUUGCGAGAAGUAUCCAUCAUUUCGUGACAGGUCCGAGAAUGUUGAUCUCGUGGUAGAGAUAUCUUUGCAGCCAUGGAAUGUCUUUAAGCCAGAUGGGGUAAUUUUAUUCUCAGACAUUCUCACACCACUGUCUGGAAUGAAUAUACCUUUUGAUAUCGUGAAAGGAAAGGGUCCUGUUAUAUUUAAUCCACUACAUUCAGCUGAUGAUGUUGACCAAGUCAGAGAAUUCAUUCCGGAGGAAUCAGUUCCAUAUGUUGGCAAAGCAUUAACAACGUUACGGAAAGAGGUAAAUAAUGAGGCAGCAGUGCUAGGUUUCGUCGGGGCUCCUUUCACGUUGGCAUCAUAUGUCGUUGAAGGUGGUUCAUCAAAGCAUUUUUCAAAGAUAAAAGGACUAGCUUUCUCUCAACCCAAGGUUCUCCAUUCAUUGCUUCAGAAAUUCUCAACCUCAAUGGCAAAGUACAUUCAGUACCAAGCUGAUAAUGGAGCUCAAGCUGUUCAAAUUUUCGACUCAUGGGCCACAGAGCUUAGUCCUGUAGAUUUUGAGGAGUUCAGUCUGCCUUACUUGAAGCAGAUUGUUGAUACAGUGAGACAGACUCAUCCAGAUCUUCCUUUAAUACUAUAUGCCAGUGGAUCUGGAGGCUUGCUUGAGAGGCUAGCUCUGACCAGCAUUGACGUAGUCAGCUUGGACUGGACAGUUGACAUGGCUGAAGGAAGAAGGCGGCUAGGAGCUGAUAUGGCAGUUCAAGGAAACGUGGAUCCUGGUGUUCUUUUCGGUUCCAAAGAGUUCAUCACAAGUCGAAUAAUCGAUACAGUUAGAAAAGCUGGCAGAGGGAAACAUAUUUUGAAUCUUGGCCAUGGCAUUAAAGUAGGGACACCAGAGGAGAAUGUAGCUCAUUUCUUUGAGGUUGCUAAAGGAAUUAGAUACUCGGAUCUGGAAUAACAUAAGACACUAUGCAAAAUCUGAGUUUCAUUUGUUAUUAGACUCUUGUUUUAAUCCCUUGAUUCUUUGUUUUUAAGGCUGCUCCAAGGUGAAGAAUUGCUUGGCGUUGUUAAAAUUUUCAGUUUCUUGAAUUCAUUCUAAGCUGGAUGACAUUAUCUUGACAAUAAUGGUGUACCAAAAUGAAGAAUUCAAAUUUUGCAAUGAUAACACAUGCGGCAUUUUGACC